GUGUGUGAUUGACAGGAUGCUGGGGAAGCUGGACAUCAGCCUGCAGCACGUGGUCCACUCGGGGAGGUUGUGGCUUCGGGAGCCGCUCACUGAUGCCAACUACAGCUUGACUGAUAUCCAUAUUGAGUUGGACAUUCGCUAUCAUCCUGUUGAAGGAACAGCGGGAGCCUGGGACGGAUUUGACUUCUUGAAACUUGAGGACAGAGACGAGUCUGUUUUGGUCAUCAAGAAUGUUGGAUUUGAUGAUCGUGACAGUCAGCAGAACAUCGCUGUCACAGAUCAGCUGGACAGGGAGGCGCGGCGUUUGGGGCGGAGCUUGGUUGGGACUGGAGAUGAAGAUGACGAUGAUGACGAUUACGAUGAUGACUUGAUCUACUUGGAAGCUUCAAACAUCAUCCUGACUCCUCUGAAGAGCCGUUGCAGGCCGCUGUCCAGAAGAGUUGUUGCAGCCGUGCCUAAAGUCCAGAGCUUCCAGGUCAACAUUAACAUCCUGGAGGCCCAGAAGCUGGUGGGCGUCAACAUCAACCCUGCAGUGUUCAUCAGGGUGGAUGGACUGAAGAAAAACACAGCAACGCAGAAAUCCACUAACUGCCCCUACUACAAUGAGAACUUUCAGUUUGAGUUCCAGGAGACUCCAGAGAUCCUCUUUGAUAAUGUCAUAGAGAUAAAGGUAUUUCACCGACGGACUCUGGCCUUUUUGAUGACUCACAUUGGAACCUUUAAGAUUGACAUUGCCACUGUGUACAACCAGCCAGACCACCACUUCUACCAGAAGUGGGCUCCUCUGACUGACCCGGCGGACACAAGGUCAGGGAUCAAAGGCUACGUGAAGGCCAGCAUCAACAUCCUGACCAGAGGAGAUUCUCUCAGCGUCCCCACUCUGUCUCCUCCGUCUUUGUCCUCCGGAGCCGGCGAGGACAUCGAAAAAAACCUGAUGCUUCCUCGAGGUAUGCCCUCUGAACGUCCGUGGGCUCGAUUCAGGGUCCGGAUUUACAGAGCCGAGGGUCUGCCCACCAUGGAGGCUGGGCUCAUGGCCAAGAUGUCAAAGGUCACAGACCGGACUGUCUUCAUUGACCCCUACGUGCAGGUCACCUUCGCUGGACAACAGGGGGAGACGUCAGUCUCGAGCGCCACCAACUGUCCAGUCUGGAAUGAGGAAAUAACCUUUAUUGAGCAGUUUCCUCCUUUGGCUCAGCGAAUCAGGGUUCAGGUCCUUGAUGAUGCCAAGAUGGGAGAUGUUGCCCUGGCAACGCACUUCCUGGAUCUUCAGCAGAUUUCUGACCCCACCAGAAAUGGGUUCAACCCGACCUUUGGUCCAUGUUGGGUCAACCUGUAUGGUUCUCCUAAGAACUCCACCCUGGGCGAUGUCCACCAGGCUUUAAACCAGGGUCUGGGUGAAGGAAUAUUUUAUCGUGGGCGUGUCCUCCUUGCUCUCAGCGUGGAACUUUACUCCUCCCCCUCUGCCAUCAGUGUGGACACAGGUGCUGCUGCUCUGGGAAAGAUGAAAGGAGCACUAGGAAAAUUUGGACUGAGGAAGAAGAGCAAGUCCAAGCACAGGAUGGACGGUGAUGCCGCUGGGACACCUGUUGACUCUGGAGAGGUUGGAGUGGAGGUACCAGAGGCUAUUACCGUGGAAACUGUGGAGACCUACCCACUUCCUGAGGGGUUUCUGGGAGAAAAAGAGGAGUUCCUGCUGUUUGGCUCCCUGUUUGAAGUCACAAUGAUGGAUCCAUCUGUAGGAACCAGAUCCGUGACCUUUGAACUCUCUAUCGGGAAUUAUGGGAAAGCGGUGGGAGUGAGGAGAUCCAAAAAGAGCCAGAGCAAAGAGGAGUUGAGGAGGAGUCGAGAGGAGCUGAGGAGCAGCAGAGAGGACCUCAGGGUGGAGGAGCAGAGUCUGCUUCCAGCUGAGGAGGAGCUGGAGAGAGAGGAGGUGCUCAGCCCUGAACCCGAGAACAGAUCUGUGUCUGCGGCCAUGAGGCCACAGCCCAUCGAGUAUGACAGGUCCUUCCACUGUAUUCCUCUUCAGCCUCCGGUGAUGAGACAGAAGCCAUGUCUGUUCGUCUGGAGCCUGUUUGAGGACCACAGUUAUCGUCUUUAUCAAGCCAACUGGCUGAACAAGAUGGCCAACAGGCUGGAGACGGGUCUGGAUGAGGUGGAGCGUCUCCUGAGGAGGCCAAGGAGUCACGUGAAGGAGCGUCUGGUGGAGGUUCUCCUGGAGCUGGUGGCCUCCUGCAAACAGUUCAGUGUUUUCUCAGACAGAAGGUCUCAGUCGCGUCCCAACAGCCUGGACAGAAGUAGGAAGGAGCUGAUUAAGAAAAACUUAGUUCUGCUGGCAAGACAGGCAGUGAGAACGAAGAGGAGGGUCACCAAGAAAACGGUCCAACAGCGACUGAUGGACGGCAGAAGAAUCCUGAAGAAACUCCGCCUUCUGGCAAAAGAGCCCCAGAGCACCAUCCCAGAUGUCUUCUUAUGGUUACUGAGUGGAAGCAAGAGACUGGCUUACGUCAGGAUCCCUGCCUACUCUGUCCUGUUCUCACUGGUGGAGGAACAGAGGGGGCAGGACUGCGGCAAGAUCAGCACCCUCUACAUGAAGUCUCCAGGAGGACCAUCAGGUGAGAUCUUUGCCAAGCUGGAAGUCUACCUGUGGCUCGGUCUGGCCAAAUACAGCAAGAAGUCCUCAACUCUGCCUGAGGAGUUCUUGCCAGUCUAUGAGGAGGAGUUGGAGUACGACAAGAACCUGGUUCCUGUAAAAACCAGGAACAUUCCCACCAGCCUGUCCUGCCAAGACAGCAGGUACUUCCAGCUGCGAUGUCACCUGUACCAGGGGCGUGGCCUGAUUGCUGCUGAUGACGAUGGUCUAUCGGAUCCCUUUGCCAAGGUCCUCUUCUCCACACAGUGCCAGGUCACCAGGGUGGUGCCUGACACUCUUUGUCCCACCUGGUGUCAGUGUUUACUAUUUGACCAAGUUUUACUGGAAGGAACAAGGGAGGAGCUACAACAGGACCCGCCUCUCAUAAUCAUCAGCAUCUAUGACCAUGAUGCCUUGGGCAGUCCGGAGCCUCUUGGGCGUGCGUUUGCGGAGCCGGACUUUAAGUGGGUUGAGAAUCGGUACCAGCAGCCCCAACUCCGGUUCUUUGACGUCAGCUUGGGGAAGGUCACUGCUGGCGAGCUGCUUGCUGCCUUUGAGCUCAUCGAAUUGGACUACUCCGGCUUUGGAGAGCCUGUCCUCCCCAGCACCGUGGAGCCUCAGGAACUGUCUUACCUGGAAGAUGAAAGACAUUACACCAUCCCAGACGGAGUCCGUCCUGUCCUGAAGACCUUCAGGAUUGAGGUACUAUUCUGGGGACUGCGAGAACUGAAACGGGUGCAGCUGUUUGAGGUGGAGCGCCCCCUGGUGAAGGUGGAGUGUGCAGGACAACAGCUUGAGUCUGAGGAAAUUGAAAGUUAUCAGAUCAAUCCCAACUUCAAAGAUGUGGUUGGAUAUCUAGACGUGGAGCUCCCAGAGCAAGUGUACUUGCACCCUCCAUUGACUGUGUUUGUGGUGGAGCGGCGUGCAUUUGGCCGUGUGGCUCUGGUUGGAUCCCAUGUGGUGCAGAGCCUCAUUGCCUACGCUGCACCAGAGCUUGGGGAGGAGACAGACGAGGAGGAGGCGGAGCCCAAACAACGAGUAAGGAAGAGGUCAUCAGUGAGGGCCACUAGUCUGAACAUGGUGAAGAAUAUUGGACUCAGUGGCCUGUCAAUCAAACAGUCAAGGAUCCCCCUGAGCCCGUUGGCGCUGGUUCAGGCUCCUUUGAAGAAGUACAGGAAAUUAGUGGAGGACCUGGAAGAGGACAUCCCUGAGAAGGAGCAGCUGGACUGGUGGUCCAAAUACUACGCCUCAAUAGAGGAGCUGGAGAAACAGAAAGCCGAGGAGGAGGAGGACGAACACACAGAUGCAGACGGCGGGAACCUGAGCAUGGCGAACAUCGAGGAGGAAGAGGACGAGGAAGACUUUGUGGCUGUGGAGAGCGAGCCGCCCAAGCGCAAACUGAUAGCCACCUUAAAGCUGUACAGCAGUGACCUGGAGUCCCAGUUCCAUCAGUUCCAGGACUGGCUGAAGAGCUUCCCACUGUACAAAGGAAAAGCCAUCGGUGAGGACGACGACGAUGACGGUGGAGACAGACUGAUGGGAAAGUACAAGGGAUCCUUCCUGGUUUAUCCCAUCGACUUGUCAGAGAAAGAAUACAUCAAAUGUCAGAUCACCAAUGGAAUCCCCAGAAACUCACCAAUCAAAGUCCUCGUGCGAGUCUACAUCAUCAAGGCCACAACUCUGGCUCCGUCAGAUCCCAACGGUAAAGCUGAUCCUUAUCUGAUCAUCAGAGUCGGGCAGCAGAGUCUGGACACCAAAGAAAAAUACAUCCCCAAGCAGCUGAACCCCGUGUUUGGCGAGGUGUUUGAGUUCACGGUGUCCUUCCCGUUGGAGACGGAGCUGGUGGUCACAGUUAUGGACCAUGAUCUGGUGGGGUCAGAUGAUGUCAUUGGGGAAACACGGAUCGACCUGGAGAACCGGUUCUACAGCAACCAUCGCGCCUCCUGUGGUUUGGCGUUGUACUAUGACACCGAUGGCUACAAUAAAUGGCGUGAUGCAAAGAAGCCGUCAACCAUAUUAGCUGAGCUAUGCAAGAAAAAUGGCAUCAUGUCUCCAGAGUACCGAGGAUCUGAAGUUAAAGUCCUCAACAAGAUCUACAAAAUCCCAGCAGAUGCAGUACCUGAAGCUCUGCUGAAGAAGAACCAACGCUCCCCACAGGAGGAGGCGGAGCUUGAGGAGCACGUGGCUCUGAGCGUGCUACAGCACUGGGAGGAGAUGAAGGAGUUCCUCCCCAAAGCUCUGCCACUGGUCCCAGAACACGUGGAGGUCCGGUCCCUGCUGAACCCAGACAGACCGGGACUGCCACAGGGUUACAUUCACAUGUGGGUGGACAUGUUUCCUAAUGAUGUUCCUGCUCCGCCCCCUGUGGACAUUAAGCCCCGCCAACCUGAACAGUACGAGCUGCGUGUGAUCAUCUGGAACACGGACGACGUGUUUUUAGAUGACAUCAACCCGUUCACCGGGGACCCGUCCUCUGAUAUCUACGUCAAAGGUUGGAUUAAAGGUUUAGACGACAAGCAGGAGACGGAUGUCCACUUCAACUCUCUGACUGGAGAAGGAAACUUUAACUGGAGAUUUGUUUUCCGCUUCGACUACCUUCCCACUGAGAAGGAGGUGGUGUACAAGAAGAAGGAGUCUUUCUUUUCCCUGGAGAAGUCUGAGUUUCGUCAACCAGCGGUUCUGACGCUGCAGGUCUGGGACUAUGACCGCAUCGCCACCAAUGACUUCCUGGGCUCUAUUGAGUUGAACCUUAGUGACAUGGUUCGUGCCGCCAAAUCUUCCAGUAAGUGUACCAUCAGCAUGGCAAAGGAUCGCGCUGGUCCUCGCUUCUCCAUCUUCCGCUCAAAGAAGAUGAAGGGCUGGUGGCCCCUGAUUCGCCUGAAGACGGCUGAAGACUUUGAGAGGGAGGAGAAGGAGAAGCAGGAAGUCAAGAAGAAGGGACGCAAGAAGAAGAAGGACAAGAGCAGGAGGAGCAAGAUGAGCCAGGAAGAGCUCCAGUUCACUGACAGCAUGGGGAACACCUACCUGCUAAUGGGGAAGGUGGAGGCGGAGCUUCAGCUGGUGACACUGGAGCAGGCGGAGGCAAACCCUGUGGGGCGGGCACGCAAAGAGCCAGAACCUCUGGAAAAACCAAAUCGUCCCACUACCAGCUUCACCUGGUUCGUCAACCCCAUGAAGACAUUUGUCUUCCUCAUCUGGAAGAAGUUUAAGAAGUUCAUCAUCGCGCUGGUCAUCCUGGUUAUUCUCACGCUCUUUCUUGCCCUCAUCCUCUACACGCUGCCGCAGCAAAUCUCUGCCCUCAUCGUCAACGGCUGAAGGCUCUGUGCUGCCCCCUGCUGGAGGCCCUGUCUGUCUACAAGAAACUGAACUCAGUUCAACGUGAUCACUUCGCAUUUGAUAAUAAAGACUGAUUUGAUAUAUUUAUACUGAGUGCACAACAUUACCCAGAAUCCUCUUUCCUCUCCACACAGCCAGACUCUCCUGUUUUUAACAUUAUUUUCAUAUUUUGUUAUUUAAAGUGUAAUGUGUCAACAUCACAGAUCUGUAUCAAUAUUCUGAUUGUUGUGUGUUUUUACUGAUAUCCUGUCAAUCAUAAGAUUUUUAUUUUUGAAGCAAAUCUUUUCUAAGUAAAACUUUCUAAAUGUGAA